AUGUCUUCUAUAAAUCCAUCUUAAUUGAGUCAUUCAUUUGCAAGAUUCCCAUUGCAAAGUUCAAUAAUGAGUGUUGAAGAAUAGAGUCCACAAUUUGCUGCUUAAUUGGCUUAAAGCUAAUUUUACAUUUAAGAGGACUCCCGCUUUUUAGAAGAAGAGAAUACUAAGCAUUUGAAUCAAAUGAUCUAAUAACAAUAAAAAUAAAUAGAAUAAUAAAUAGGGCAUAAAAGAAUGAGUUCAUGGCAAUAAUAAAAAUCACCUCAAUAAUAGUCCCAAAGUAAAUCUCAAUGCACAUCACCUCUAAGAUAAUAAUUUCGAUAAGAAGAACCUCAAAUAUAUUAUCAUUAACCGUAUUAACCUUGUCCUUGUGAAUUAGAAUAAUUAUGGGAAGAAUUCUUAUAAAUGAGGAUGAUGUAGAGAUAAUUUAGGAGACAAACUUAGCAAUGUUGUCAUCACUAAAGAGGCCCUUUUAUGCCUUAUUGA